AUGUCCAAACCUGCACUUCUUCCCCUUCACCAAGCCCUGAAGAAAAGCUUCCAGAGUGUUGAAAACAAUCAGAAAGUAUGGAGGAGUGUGUUGGCAGACUGCAGCCCUCUGAUGGUAUCUCUUGGGAACUUGGCGGAGCAGUCCCGAGCGCUUUCCAACGUCCAGAUCUCCAACACACCGCUGAGAGACUUCCCUGACCUGGAGGAGAAGCUGCGGUUCAAGCUCUCACUGGCCACUGACACAGUGCUGGGAAAACUCCACGACAAGAUGUCUUCUCUACAGUCUGUCAGAGACUCCAUCAGUAACCAGGUCUCUGCAGUCUUCCAGCUGUACGAGCAGCAGGCAGACAGUCUGGAUCUGCUCGCUGUAACCGAGCGCUCAGCCACCGCCCCGUCAGUCUCUGACAUGCUGGAGUGGCUGCAGGAUGCCGAGCGUCACUAUCGCCAACAAUUCCUCAGGAGGAAGACUCUGCUGCAGACUCUGAGACCUGAUGAUCUCUCCCUUUUAGAAUCUGCUCCCAAAAGAUGGAAAUCUUUGGAGUCUGCCACUGCAGAGGACCACAUCACAGAUACACUCUGCAAAGUUUCCUUCUUUAUUGAAUCCCAAUGAAGAGAGUAAAAGCAACUUCAUUGGAUCUCUGGCCAGCUUUCCAAUCUGACUGCAAUCUCUCUGUGCCGAGGCUUGAAGAGGAGAUCAGGUUAUUUUAAGGAAUAAUGGGAAAAACCUCAGAUGGACACAAUUCCUGUGGAUUUUAAGAAAAGGACUGGAUCUUUAUUUUGUUGGACACAAAGUUUGUGCAUGUACCAGAUUUAUACCGCAAUCGAAGCUGAAGACGAAAUUACAAUAUACUUUUUUUUCCACAAAAAAAGCACUCAGUGGCGUCUUUUCAUACUUGAUUGACAACAUUGUUAUCUG